AUGGCUGCAGUUCUGGCUACACUGUUUGUUGUGAUUUUGAAGAAGGUUGUCGACAUGAAAGCUAAGGAUUUUCUCAAGAUUUUCCUCUUUAUUAGCCUCUUGAGGAGUUCGUGCUCGACCACGGAAGGAACAUGUAGCAGAGAUGAAAGUGGGGAAUGUAGUGAUGAUGACGCGAUAAAGGAGAAGGCAAGAAAUAAGUACAGUCAAGAGAGUAAUACAAAGUGGGCCCAUCACCGAGCUCAGAUUGAGAAUGCCGUAGCCACUUACAAGGGCUGUGAUCCUGAGAAAUGUUCUUGCCACUAUCCACUUAUCAAGAAGGACUUGACUGUUUUCAGAAGUGGAAUUGGCAAGGAUAUACUACAGGCUGCCAGGGACAGGGGUACUUUUUACCAAAUAAUCAACCAUAAGUUAUACAGAGAAAAGAAUUGCAUGUUUCCCAGCAGAUGUAGUGGUAUUGAACAUUUCAUUCUAAAGGUAAGUCAUACAACUGUAAUUUUUUUCUCUCUCUCUCCUUUCUGUCUUUCUUUCGAAAGGGCUCUUGCAUUAUUCCUAUUGGUAAAGGAGUGUGGAAUGCACCAUCCGUGA